GUUAAUCUAAAUAUUUAAUAAUUUCUUACCUAGACAGAGACAAUUUUACAUAUACAAAAGCAUUUAACUUUUACAAGAGCAGCACAACUCGUUCCUAUAUUUUGUCGGCAAAAUGGAAAACGCUGAUUACUAUGAAAUUACUUCUCAGUUGGACGCAAGAGAAAUAUUGAGAUACCUAAAUCAAUUAGGUAUACAAAACAUCAAUGGGGAAGUCUUAAAACUGUUCAUAAAAGAUUUGAAGAAGCUAAUAAAGUACGAUUUAGCCCAAAAACAUGGAACUAUGGAUUGUGAGGAAAAAGUUAUACUUGGCCCAGAAAGAUUACACAGUGCAAGUACCUUCUCUUCAAGGUUAAAGUCCCGCAAUUCAACAUCCAUUCCUCCGCUUUGCAGUCGACAAUGUCAGAGAGAGAGGCCAAUGACAGCUAGAGUUGUUAGAUCUGCUCCAAACUUGGGGGAACAGAAAAUAGAAGAUAAACCCCCAAGAAGGGCCUGUUCGUGUAUACCUGUUGACAGAAAACCGGACACUCCAACUGUCCAUAAAUCUUCAACAACUACCAGCAAUAACUUAAUAAAAGUACCGAAGCAACCCAUUAAAAGAAAAUGUGAUCCAGUAUCUUUAUAUCACUACUACAUUUCCCAAUGGGCAAAAUAUAAGCCAAAUGUUCCUGGAGAAAAUAACUGGGCCGAGUUGAGAUGGAAUAUUAGACAAAAAAUGGUGGGAAGCUCAUCAGGAACCUCAAAACAGGUCAUAGAUAAAGAAAAUCUGAGGCCUAAGAAGACUUGACAUCAAAGAAACAUGAAGCAAAAUAUUGAUGUUGUUAUAACUUUUUUUAAGUUUGAAGUUGUAUACUUUAGAUUUGAUUUUUAGGGCGUACUACUCAAAAAUCUGCGGGGCUAAAAUGGUCGCUUUGAAGAAUCAUG